GACUAACCGUGAUGGUUCCGCCGCGCGAGGAGCCGGUCUGAAGGCAGAGGGGGGGUCGGGGGCUGUGUUGUGCGAGUAUGGCCACCGACAACAGGAUCAAUUUCUGGAGGAGAAACCCAAAGGUUCCCGGAAGUGUGCGGCCAGUUUAUGGAGCACAGCAUCCGCCUCUCGAUCCCCGUUUGCGGCGCACGUAUCUCAAAGACACAAAACCCAAGAUCAACAAUGUCAAGACUAAAAAAGCUUCAAGCUUCCACGAGUUUGCUCGCAGCACCAACGAUGCUUGGGACAUUGAUGAUGAAGAGGACGAGGACUUUUGUGGGGCUCCCCCGCCAGCUUCCUCUGCACCAUCAGGCCUGGACUCUGUCUCGUCGCUGCACAAACAAAAGCUGCAGCAUCAAGCAGACGACCCGCAGAGCGUGUCAUCCCAAAGACUGGCUCCACCCAUCGAAGUGGGUCAGGACCUCCAGGACGGGCAGGAGGAGGAUGCAGAACACGAGCAGGUCAACGGCAGGCUGGUGAAGUCUUGUAGUGACGCAGAUGUCGGCUCAUCCUCGGCUGUUCGCUCCUCACUGCAGAAGCAGCAGUCGCUCCCCGUGCGUCCCAUCAUCCCGCUGGUGGCUCGGAUCUCCGACCAGAAUGCUUCAGGAGCCCCUCCCAUGACGGUCCGGGAGAAAAACCGUCUGGACAAAUUCAAGCAGCUGCUGGCGAGCCCCAACACUGACCUCGAGGAACUCCGGAAGCACAGCUGGUCCGGAAUACCGAGAGAAGUCCGGCCGAUCACCUGGAGACUCCUCUCUGGAUACCUGCCUGCCAACAAGGAGCGCAGAGAGCAGGUGCUCCAGCGAAAGCGGGAGGAGUACUUUGGAUUCAUUGAACAGUAUUACCACUCCAGAACAGAUGAGCACUAUAAAGACACGUACAGACAGAUCCACAUCGACAUUCCGAGAACCAACCCUCUGAUUCCACUGUUCCAACAGCCCGCCGUGCAAGAGGUGUUUGAGCGGAUUCUCUUCAUCUGGGCCAUUCGUCAUCCGGCCAGCGGUUACGUUCAGGGCAUAAACGACCUGGUCACGCCCUUUUUUGUUGUCUUCCUGUCGGAGUUUGUCACGGAGGACAUGGAGAACUUUGACGUGGCGGCGUUGCCUCUGGACACUCAGAGAAACAUCGAGGCCGACAGUUUCUGGUGCAUGAGCAAGCUGCUGGACGGCAUACAGGACAACUACACCUUUGCCCAGCCAGGAAUCCAGAAUAAGGUCAAAGCUUUGGAGGAGCUGGUCAGCAGAAUCGACGUGGAUAUUCACAAUCAUUUCAAGAGGUAUGAAGUGGAGUACCUGCAGUUCGCCUUCCGGUGGAUGAACAACCUCCUGAUGAGGGAACUGCCGCUCCGCUGCACCAUCCGUCUGUGGGACACCUACCAGGCUGAAGCCGAAGGUUUCUCCCACUUUCACCUGUACGUUUGUGCUGCAUUCCUCAUCGAGUGGCGUAAAGAAAUCCUGUCCAUGGUUGACUUUCAGGGCCUUCUCAUGCUUCUGCAGAACCUUCCCACCAUCCACUGGGGGAACGAGGAGGUGGGCCUGCUGCUGGCUGAAGCUUACAGACUCAAGUACAUGUUUGCAGAUGCACCCAGUCACUAUAAGAGGUAGAAGCCCCGCCUCCCCAUCGGGGGUGUCUGAGGUACCACGGAAAAGACUAAUGUGACUCUGAUGCUUCAAGCACUCAACUUCAUGCUGUGAAAGUCCAGUCCGGUGGCAGUGAUGUGGAUCUGGACUGUCUGCAGUCAAAGUGUAUUGUUGUUUUAACAGACUGUUACAGUGUAUUUUACCACACCUA